GCUGGCCGCUCUCUAUCCUGUUGUCCUGAAGCGAGAUCGUCAGCCGCGACACACUCACCGAGAACUGCACUCAUGAGCCACACACACACACAAAGAGACACGCAUAUGUACACGUAGACACAAGCACAUGUACAGCCAUACAUACACACACAGCCAAACAAUACAGUACAGACAGACAGACAGACAGACAGGCAAGAGCGUCCAUCCGUGCUCUCUCUGCCUGUCGUCCCUAUCUCAGCCAGCCAGCCAGGCAUCGAGCCCCUAUCGAGCCAGCAGGCUGGCCAGAAUACGUAGACGUAUACAUACAGACACAGACAUACCUUCUUGACUGUGAACGGCUGUUGCUUGCCGCCAAUGGGUGUGAGGACAACGUCGCCGAUGGUGUUGGGCUGCACUCCGGGCGCCAGAGGAACCUCAAGGACGCCCUUUGUCGUGGACUCACCCUCGCCGCCCUCCAUCUCCGCGGGUGGACGAGGACUCGGGGCUUCUUCGGUCGGCGGCGAUGCGCCGCUUGGUGCGGCUGGCGCUGAUGAACACAGCAUCUCAUGAGCCCUUCAGAGUCAGGCCUCAACGCUUGGCAUCUUACGUAUUUGCGGUGGUUUCUUCUUUUUGAAGGCAAUUGCCCGCGCCUCCUCAACCUUCUUCUGCCCCUCCUUCACAUGUGCCGCGCCUUUCUUCCUCUUCUGGUCUGCCGUGUCAGCUUCGGACUCCUGAUCAGCUUCUCGGAGAAGCCCCCUACCCGUGGAAAGAUGCUUGACGCCUUCCUCCAGGGUGUCUCGGAUGGCUUUGACUGUGCGUAUCUUCUCUUGACCCAGGUCGAUCUGCAGUUGGCCCUCCGCUAUCUGCCCCGCAGCAAGCAGUUGCUGGCCUUCUUUCAAGAGCCGCAUGGCAUGCCUCUCGAUCUCAAUAGACUUUUCGACAACAUCAAGUACAUCGUCAUGCCCCAUAGCAAGAAUCUCCUGCUUCAGCGUCUCCGCUUGCUGCAGAAGCUCUUUUCCCCUGGCGAUGAUGGCUUCACCCUCCUCCACUUUGCCCUUGGCAACCUGCUCCUUGCCCCUCUCGAUGACUUGAUGGCCUUCAAUCGCAAGACGGAGGGCCUCUCGAUAUCUCUUCAGCAGAGUGUUGGGCAGCUUGUGGACCUCAUCAGGCUCCUCUUCGCCUGGCGGGACGGAGUUGCAGAACUUGCCGCUUGGCAACUUCCAUCCGCCAGCAGUGCACACCGCCUGCGGCCUUGUGUCGCGUGGGCCCAGGACACAUCGGAUUGAACGAGUUGCGCCAAGGCUGUGACCGUAGCCGUAGACAUCGUACAGUGGAUCAAUCGGAAAAGGCCCGCACGUCACUGCAUAAAUGAGAGGGACAUGGAAACAGGACACAACGCCUGGUGCAAGCUAGCUUAUCGUACUCUUAGCAGCAAAGGGACACUUCUGCUCUUCAUCUUGUUCACUGCCGCCUGAAGGAAAGACUCGCGAAGUGCACUGAGUCAAUUCACUAGUUUCCUGCUUACGAUUGAGACCCUUGAUCACUUGCGCGGCGUGCAACAGUACGGCUUCGCUCUCCUUCUUUGUGUAAAUCAAGAUUGCUUGUACGACACCUAAGAAACCAAUGGAGUCCAUUGUUGAGACUUCUAAAACGGAGCUCAUCAGGUCAUUUACCAUAGUACGAUUUUGCUGCAGUGUUCCAUCCCAAAAUAAGGGACUGCUUUCGGGCUUUGUCAAUCUCUUGAAUGCAGCUCCUGUGUCUCGUCAUUGGAAGCGGUCGGACGCCACUCGCAUUCACACUGGCAAACCUUCCGUCCAGCACUCCCUGUUUAUUCUUAUGGACGCCAAACGCCACGAUCUGCUCUUUCGCUUCUGCCGCUGGCUCCGAUAAGGCCGAUGGAUUUGUGGGACAGUCCCUUUGAGCCCAAUAGUGACCAUCUGAUCACAAGAACGUGCCCAUGUUUUGCACUCCGCUGUACCUGGCAUAUGUCGCUAUCACCAAGUUACCUUCGAAGCCAAUAGCUUGUGUUGUAUCGAGAAGAAUGACCUGGUCCGCUCCGACAGAAGGAAGCCCAACGAUAACACUACGAUUAGCUCGUAGCUGGGGUUGAGAAGAAGAAGAAGAAAUACACACACAAUGAAGUGAAGUUGCUGCAACAGACAAUCGUUAACAGAGCAGAGUGAGUACCGUUGCUUCGUUUGGCUUCAUAGCCAUGAUGACGGUAAACUGAUCAUCUCCCAUCACGGCCACGUCCCUAUAGCUAACGAGGAACUCCUUCGAUCCAAACAGCACGCCACAGCUUCCGGUCCUGAGGAUACUCACAUCGAUACAUAUAACCAGCGGCAAAGGAUUCGUAUCUGCUCACUCUUUGUACUGCGGCAGCGCAGUAUGAAGGGUACCCAGGCUCUUUAGCACUGCAGGUCGGCCCUCACCCAGAUGCCCGAAGCCAACCGAGCUUCCAAGCAAAUUCACCCAAUGAAGGAUGCGCUUCUCAGGCCCAACGACACUCAUAAGAUCCGGGUCAGCCACAAAAAAAGCAACCAGAUCAUCUGAUUCCUUCUUGGUCAAAUUACCCAAAUAGUCACCAGCGUGAGGGAUCGCUGCAGAAACACACCUUUUUCUGCGUCAGUCAUGCACUUUGCGAAGUGUAUUCUCACGCUUGCACGUCGGCGUGGGUCCGUUGAAUUUCCUCUCUUUCAGGCAUGUCAGUUCGGAACCGCUCUGGGGGACGAGGUCGUAGCCCGGAAAGCACGAAAACUUAGCUUUUUGACCGAUGGCUAUACGGCCCUUUGGUAAGACCUUCCCGGAUGUGAAAAAAGUCGUCGAACAAAACUUGUUCACUGCCUCAGAGGAAGAAGAGCGAGACAUCUGAUUGCUUACUGGAUGCCAUGGACCUACCGUCUUGACGUCCAACUACGUCAACUAUGUAUGUCCAACCAUCUUGGAUGCCGGGGUUUUCGAGUCUCACAGAUUCUUGACCGAAUAUUCAGGUAGUCGGCAAGAGAAUUCAGGUAGUCGAACAUUCAGGUAGUCGGCAAGAGAAUUCCUUUUUAAAAUAUUGUAAUACCCCUCUCUCUCUCUCUCUCUCUCUCUCUCGUUACCCUCAUUGUGAUUGGCUUCACGCUGCAAAACCUCAAGUUCGACGUGAUAAUCUCCGUCCGGCAACGUCUUUGUUGACAGUUUAAGUAUACCAGCAAGCACCUCAAAAGACCACUGAGCAGAGCAGGAGAGAAAAUGAUCAUUAAGAGAUAAGCGCAUCGCUUCGCAGGGCCACCGACCUCUGUGGAAAGCAGCUUGAUCAUUUCGGCGCUUGCCAUAUUCGCUGGUGUGACAAACACAUUCGCAAUAGCUUCUUUCGUCAGUACCAACAGCACUGAGUUGAUAAUCGAGGCAGUGCCAUCGCUGAGUGUAUGAGUGCCCAAGUCUGAACAUUCAUGCGUUGAAAGGGUGAAAGAAGCUGAUACAGGCAUUGGUUGAAGUUACCGAUGAGCUUGCUUGGCGGUCUGGGCUCAAAUUCGAAGUCAAUAGUAUAAUCCUGGUCAUCCUUUAAGUCAGGAUGCGUCACGAUGAUCUCUCGAUCUACAACUACAACCUGAAGCGACACACGAAACAGAGCAAAUUGCCGCAUUGCAAAACUGCAUUUGCUUUUUCCCCUCAUCCUCUUCUACCUCGUCUUCAUCGACUUCAUAUAUAAUAAUUAAUUCCUUCUUCGUCCACGGCAUAGAGAGGGAAUUCUAUAUCAGGCUUGCUGAGGCCUGGAGGAGACGGCACAUGAAUGGCUCCAUCAGCAGGCUUCUUGGGGCCAAGCUCUGCACAAGCAAGUAUGCAUGAAUGGAGAAGUUGACCGGUGGUGGUACCAUGUUUGUGUGUCUUACCCUCCAACUGUGUCUUGUCUGGCACUCGUUUUUUGACCUCAACUCUGUAUUCCAGGUCGUCACGUAUCCUCGGGCUUGUGCACGUCAGUUUGCCAUCAGCCAAAACGUGCUAUUUCAGAAGCCACACAAAAAGUGGCGCUAGUAGCAGAGCACACAUCUAAGGCUUUGUGAGGCUGACCUCUGAUGGAAAGAGAUGAAGGGAAGGCGAUCCAUCCGCAGGAUGCAGCACCACUCUCUCUAUUUCUUCAGGCUUCAGAGCGUGGUACGACCCAGGAAGAAUGACCACAAUAGUUCCGUUCUUCGGCGUUUGCCUCCCUGCAUCUGCAGCAAUUUGAAUCAUGAAGCGGUAUCACAGUUUUGAUUCCUGACAAGUCCAUAAAUGUCCUACCAAUAUCGAUCGUCUCGCCUUUUGGCUGCACGAAGCGCAGCUCAAUCAU